AUGGCGUCUACAACCCCCCUACCAGUUGUUACGGCCAAACUUGACCUGAAGCAGCCUCUUUUCAACGAAAAUAGGAAGUCCUGGGAGCCUGUACUUGAGAGGUUCGAAAAAGCUCUGCAAGAUGUUACCUCAGAGGGUGAUGAACGGUCGCAGCGGAUCCACCAUGAGCGCGGACAGCUUCUUGCUCGUGAUCGUGUUUCCCUACUCCUGGAUCAUGAUUCCCCAUUCCUAGAAUUAGCCUCGUUUGCAGGCUUCGAACUUGAUUCCACCCCUUGUGCCAGUCUGAUAGCCGGGAUAGGCAAAGUUAGCGGGCAAGUAUGCAUGAUCCUGUCUCAUAUCCCAUCAAUCAAGGGAGGGUCUUGGAAUGAGUUCACCAUUCUCAAGCAUAACCGAGUUACGCAAAUUGCAACCGAGAACAAGUUACCGCUCAUCGGGUUAGCACAAGCAGCCGGUGCAUAUCUCCCGCAGCAGUUCCGUGUUUUUCAUAGAGCAGGAGAGAUGUUCCGAGAUCUCUCGAGGAGAAGUCAAAAGGGCAUUCCAUCUUGCAGCGUUGUCUUUGGUUCCUCUACGGCUGGCGGCGCCUACCUUCCUGGUCUCUCCGACUACACAAUAUUUGUCAAAAACCAGGCUCAAGUAUUUCUUGGUGGGCCGCCUUUAGUCAAAAUGGCUACCGGAGAGGUCAUUGAUGCGGAGACACUCGGCGGAGCUGAUAUGCAUGCCACUGUCACUGGUCUGGCAGAUCAAAUAGCCUUUGACGAAUUUGACGCUAUCCGCAAGGCUCGACUAUGGGUUCAGUCUCUGAAGCCACAGAAUCUGUAUUCUUCUUUGUUUGUGCAGCCUCUCGAGCCGAGGUAUCCAACCGAAGACCUUCUUGCUCUUGUCAACACCGACAUACGCAAGCCAUUCGAUAUGGCAGAGGUUGUCCUUCGCAUAGUUGACGAUUCGCGGGUGUCAGUAUUUAAACCAUCCCACGGGAAAAACCUUCUCACCUGCUGGGCCGAAAUUCAUGGAUUUCGAGUAGGUAUAAUUGGGAAUCAAACCCCUGUGAUACAACCAGAUGAAGCUUCAAAAGGCGCUCAGUUCAUCCGGCUUUGUAAUCAAGGGAAUAUUCCAAUCAUUUAUCUACACAAUGUAACCGGAUUCAUGGUAGGCUCCAAGGCGGAAAGAGAAGCUAUCAUCAAGAAAGGCGCCCAGUUCGUGGGGGCUGUGAGUUGCUCCCAAGUACCCCAGAUCUCCGUCAUUCUGGGAUCUUCAUAUGGUGCCGGGAACUAUGCUAUGUGUGGCAGGGCCUAUCAGCCUCGAUUUAUGUUUACCUGGCCAUCUGGAAGGUGCAGUGUGAUGGGACCGGACCAGCUCGCAGGGGUUAUGGAUAUUGUGCAGUCCGGAAGCGCAGCGAAGAAGAAUCUAGGGAAGACGGCCAAGGCCCCUUCAUCAUCAUACAAGGCUGGCAUCGAAAAGUUUCGGCAGAAGGUGGAGAAGGAGAGCCAGGCAUACUACACCAGUGCUAACCUUCUGGAUGAUGGGAUAAUUGAUCCAAGAGACACAAGAGAGGUGUUGGGUAUCUGCUUGAAUGUUGUUAAUUUGGAUCCUGUUCAGGGGGCUCAGACACAGAAGGGCCUGGCCAGACUAUAA